UGGGAAAGCUUGUUUGUUCAAGUGAAUUCAAUCAAUACUGAAUCUUGCGAAACUUUGAAGUACGUCAUUGGAUUUCACUUAGAUCUUGUGAUGACAGCCUCUUCGCAAAACUCAUGCUUAAAUAGCUUCGAUAUUCGCAAACCAAGUGCAGAUUCUGCUAAAGAAGGUCCAAGUGGUUCCUCUCGACAACCAGCUUUCAAUGCAUAUCCCCUUGAAUCUUCACCUAAUUUGCUUAUUCCAACAAAUGAUGUGAUAUAUAUGCCAUUAAAUCCCACAAAUGUGCCUUUGUCGCUACAACGUGCAUGUGCCUCCAAUGAGACUGUAGGCGGUGAUACACAGAGUUACAGUCAUCCAAUAUGCCAUGGAUUCAUUUUUCCAAACUCAGAAGUAAGUUCAAAUGAUGCUGAAUUUAACCAGAUAAACAUUCCGAGUAUGCAAAAUCAUAUCAAUGAUGUUCCUUACAGUAUGCAGAGCCAGAGUUCGAGCAACGUGGACACAAAUGCCCAAAAACAUCUUCAACUCCUGUUGCUUCAAAAGUUAAUUGAGUUGCAGCUUGCCGAACAUUAUAACUCAAUUAAAGACACACUAAUACUAACUAAAGACCCCAAUAAUGAGUCUCAAAACCCUAAAUUACUGCCAUGUUUUGUCAAAAACUCUGACUUUGACGCAAGUUCCAACCCAGUUUCAACUGUAAAUACCGAAAACUCAGAUAUGUCGACAUUUUUGGUCCCUGUUAAAGCCAAGUUUGAGGGCGAAAGUGGUUUGUCUUUACACAUAACUCCAAAUGACGAAAUCAGUAAUCCGACCCAAGGAAGUUCAGUUACCGUAGCAUACUCGAGUCAACCCAUCGUCUUAUAUCCAUUUUCUGUUCAACAAGAUAAUUCUACGGAAGAUACAUUCCCAGCCAGCCAAGCCGUGCCUGAUGCGUCCCCAGGUGGACCAACUGCUCAAACAUUUACGAUGAAGGACAUAGAUCACUGUAUACGGAGAGGUUCUCUGGAUUUCCCUUCUGAGCCAAGCAAUGACAUAGUUGAGAGUAUACGAGGUCGUACGAGACCAGGGUUUGUAUUGUUAAGCGUUCGGCAUGAAAAAAUCAACGCAGAAAAUAAGAUUUCACCAACUUCUGAGAAAAAUUUCCAGGGGAGUCAUCCUCCUAUUUCAACAUCAACCAGUCUUGAAACAAAGAAGUCGAAAAGUGUCACCAUGUCUAAAAAACUACCUAGAAAGAGAUUGAAGCAUAUGAAAAGCGAUGCAGAACUCAAAAAGCGACCCCUAAGAGGUUCGUCUAAAUCUCUCCUAAAACGCUCUGAAAACGCUGAAAUGUCUCCGACUCCGGUAGAACUUACGGAGGAUGAUCUUAAAGCUUUAUCUCCACAGUCAAGAUUUCGAGUGACUAGGUUCGCAGACAAAAAGCAAGCCUGGAUAGCUCCUGCAAAGGCAGGAUUCACUGUCCAUGAUUUAUGGACAACUAAACUUCCGGAAUAUGUGUUAAGAUGUGCCGAGCACCUAAAACUAUCAGGCUCUGGUUUAAACUUACAACAAGAAAAACUUACUGAAAUCCCAUAUUCGUUGGACGACAUUAUAAACGGACAUUGUUUGGCCUGUGAGAAGUCACCUCCUAAAUAAUACAAUUAGAUUAUGAGACGGAAAGUUGUUUGGUUUACUGUCAUUCUUUCAGAUAAAUACAAUAACAGAAGGAGUUAUUUGUUAUAUAGUUUUUAUUUCCAAACCGAUUCAACAAUUUGUUUUUUGUCUUUUAAAAUUCAUUUCUAGAAUUCAGAUACUUAAAUGUAUGUUGUCAAGAGUAUUUGCUCAAAAAAAAAAUUAUACAUCUAAAUAAUAUGCUUCAGAAGUGAUGAACUUUGUUAUCCUUUUAUUUCAUGUUCUUUAUAUACAGUAAAUUGGUACCAUACAAUAUAAAACCUAUAUGCAUAAUGAAUUUAAAUUUAUUUUUUAAACUCCUUGAAUAUUUCUUCUUUUCUAUUGAUGAUGUAAUUGUUCUUUAAGUAUUAUCUAUUGGAUAAAUGAAG